UUUAUUUUUUGUUAAGUGAUCAACUUGAAUGAAUAAGUAAACUACUGGUCCAGUCAGAGUAUGGACUCAAGGAUGAAGAAGAAGGAACUUUUAGAGUUGAAAACAGAUUUAAAGUUGUUGUUAGAAUGUUUAGACUACCAGCAAGAUGACACUGCUGCUGUAAAACAAUCUUUAGUGACAAUAUCUUCCAUGCUUCAAGGUUCAGGUGAAGCUAAAGAUGUAUUUCGAGAUAUUGGAGGAAUCCAACAAGUUCUAACAUUGGUGACAAGUCAUGACCAGAGUGAAGUAGCGGAAGCUGGGAUGUACUGCCUUGGUUGUGCUGUAGAAAGAAAUGUUUACUCCCAGAAAUUACUGACGACAGCCAGUGUGUUUACUUUCCUACAUGGAAUAUUAUCUUCCUCAAGUAAAACAGCAGUGAGAAGGAAACAGACUGCCUCAUUCUUACUGUUAUGUCUUGUUUCCAACAAUGGUUUUGGACAAAAUCUUGUCAGACAGUCAUCUUGUUUACAGGAUAUUCUUUCCUUGAUAAGAACUACUAUGCCAAGAAAUAUAGAAGAUCUAGAGUCAGACUGGUUUGAAGGGAUGGAUGGUAAAAGCCUUCAUUUAUGGAGCACUCUUCUAAGUACUGCAUGUGCCUGUGUAAACAAUCCUAUCAAUGAGGGAAAUCAAAGAAUAUGUGCCUCACUGUUGCCAUAUUUAUUCAGUUUACUUACCAGUCAAUCAAAUGAGAGAAUUGUAAGACCAAUUUUCUCACUCAUUGGUCUUACAGUAUCUGGAAAUGAGAGUAAUCAAGACCGUGUCAGGAAAUGUGGAGGUCUAGAGAUAUUUGUGAAGAAUCUGGACCGGUUACAGAGUGAGGCUGUAUGUAAUGCUACAGCUAAACUUCUAACUAUACAGUUACUGAGUACUGUUGAUGCAUGCAUCUCUGAUAAUGAGAAAAACAGUAAAAGUUUUGGAGAGUUAGGAGGUAUAAAACUUGUGCUUACAUUUUUAUCUGAGUGUUGUUUGGAUCCCAGUGAGAAAAUACAGGCUGUUUUGACACUAGCACAUGCCCUGGAUGCUUAUAGCAUGGUUUCCUCUAAAUGUAUAGUAAAUGUGUUUAAGUUUAUUAGCUCAACAGAACCGAAGGUUCAGGAGGGGAACCAGAAGUAUGUUAGAGAUUGUGGUGGAGUGACGAUACUGAUACAACAACUGACCGAGACACAAGAUGAAGAAUUCUCUAAAACCAUCAAAUACUUACUACAUAUGUGUGUAACUUCAGAGAAGGGCAGCUUGUCAGAUAUAGAAACCAAUUUAACAGACACUGAACGUCUGAUCAGUAAAAUGGAAGCUAUGAAAAGGCACAAUGAUGUAGAAAUGUUAAAGAAGAUUAAAGAACUUGACUGUAAAGUAAAGUCUAUGGAGAAUAAACAUCAAAAAGACUUCAAUCAAAAUGAAUUAGUUACAACAAAUGUUAAUGCCAUGUUUGAAAGGUUAGAGAGUCCUCUAUCAAUAUCUCCACACAAUAGAGAACAAGCCAGAUCUCGUGCCAGCUCUAUAGGUGAACAUUCUGUCCAACAAGAUUGUCCCACACCUAGGGAAAAAUCUCUGAUGGAACAACUGAUAAAAGAGAAAGUUGAAAAGGAACGAUUAGAAAAAUUAAAUUACAUGUUACAAGAAAAUAUAUGUAGGACCCACAGUGCAUUGACUAAUUCUAGAGUGGAAAAUAAACCAGAAAACGAGAAUGUGUAUUUGUCAAAUCCAAGACAAACAUCCAGUGUACAUACUGGCCGAGAUUCUGCUGCAUCUAACAACAACAGUCAAUACAUCUCCACAUCAGGGAACAAAUCAUGUACCAACAUGUCAACAACUUGUUAUGACGCUAAUAAUAAUAGUAAUUUAAUAUCACAAACUUCCCAAAAUGUGAAUGUUACUUACAGUUAUACGGGUGCGAAAUCUGGGGCUAUGGAAAACAGAAACUUGCUGGAUCAGAAUAGAUCUAUCUAUGAUGAAAUGACACAAUCAAAUUUCACUGAUAAAUCAGAUGAAAUUUCUCCUAUGUUAACAAGAAGUGGUUUAAAGUACGGACAGUUACAUGAUGAUGGGUCAAGAAACACAGCAAAAGGAUUGGAUUGUAAUAAUAACUCUUCCGGGACAAGUGAAUAUAACAAACAAAAUCUUUAUCAAUAUGACAGAGAUAAAAGCAUUUCCAACUGUAAUGAAAAUAAGUGUCACAGACCGGUUACUGAUUAUCAGAAAAGUUUUUCAUUUACAAGAAACCUAGAUACAGAAUAUAUCCAACCACAAAACACUUUAGUUGAGAACAGGGAGUCUUUGCCCUAUGUUGCAAAACCACUAGAUUUAUCAUGCAAGAACAAAACAUCACAUGUUGUAACAAACAAUCAAAAGAAUAAGAAUGAAAUUACAGUGACCACUACAGUGAUAAGGGAUUCCAUCCAGAAACAGCCUUCAACAAAGGUUAGAUCUACUAAGAUAAAUAAGAAUGCUGAGAUUCAAUGUGGAACUCCGUGGGUUAGUAAAAGUUCAGACUAUGAUAACGAAGGUAAUGAAAGCUGUUGUUCUGUAGAUGGUUCCUCGCAAACAAACUUUAACAGACAGAAUUCCAACACUAAUGCACUUCAACCAGCAGAAAACACACAAACAAAAAAUAGAAGAUUAUUAAUUGACAAAGCUGAUAGUUCUGUUGGAAAGUUUAAGAAGUUAGAGAUCACAGGAAGUCCAGAUUAUCAUAAUAAUAAAACACCGGUUGUAAUUUUAACUGACUGUAAAACAACUGCAAGUCAAAGGAAACAAGACGAAGAAAUUACCACAGAUAGAUCUAGCCCUAGUCUUAUACCAUCAUCCAGUAAGAGAUCAGCUGGUUUAUUCGUAAAGCCUUGUGCUCUUCCACCAAAACGAAAAGUGAGAGUUACUCCCCUUUUAGGAGAUAAUAAUCCACCAGGAGCUAGAAUUUUGUUGUCCAAAAAUUCUGGACAUAGUGAUACCAAAAAUUCAAGCCAAGCUACUGACUAUGACAGUGAUGUUCAGUCUGAAUUUGAUCUUAAUUUGUUUAAAAAUGUUGCUAGGCAACAAACUACUGUAAAAUCAACACCUGUGAUAAAAUCUCAGAAUAAUGUAAGGGAGAUAGAUAGAGUGGUAGAGAAAAGGGAAGGUAACGCAGCAGAGAGAUGGCAGAUACAUCCUUAUACCCCACAUAGACAGGGUAUAGUUCCUCUAAGACCAGCCUUCAGUGACUGUGGAAUGAGAAGAUGUGUGCUAAGUAGUAAAUUCAGCAUAAAUUCUCAGGGAGCAAGAAGACGUUCACUAGAUGAUAGUGUCAUACAUUCUCCCAGAGAUAUUCUCACUAUCAGUCCAACUUCUCCUGAUGGUAGUCCUGUUGACAGUAACAUAGAUGGUUUCCGUAGUAGCAGUGAUAUAUCAGACGAGGAAGAAGGACCUCCAAAUAUUAGUGCAGCUGUACUGAGAAGUAGCAAGAAACUUGUCAAGGAUUCUCAAAACAGUUGUCCAGGUUGUGCUGGAAUUUACAGUGCCAACCAGGCUAGAGCCGGAGGUCUCGAGUUGAACUCCCGCACUUAUAAUAUAGCCUUGGAAACGAGCCAGAACACCUGCACCUUGCACCGGAAAUUACGUCAGAUAGAAAGAGCGUAUAUCAACAAGAUCAGAAAAUCUAAAAGCUUGAGAAAUAAACUAAAGAGAAAGUUACAACAUAAAUUACCAUCAACAAGGCAUGGUGACAAGCCUCGGGAGAAAAUUUACGAGUUUUCAUCAGAAUCUGCUGAUAAUAUAUCUCCUCCAUCUGACGAUAAUGAUGAGUUUCAGCCUCCGUCUCAAAGAAAGAAGCGUCGUCAGAGGAUUCCAUACACUAAAGAGGAAGAGAACAAUCUCCUGGAAGGUGUUAGAGUACUAGGUAAACAUUGGAACCAGAUAUUAGUGACGUAUGACUUUCACCCGGCUAGAACCAAUGUUGACCUGAUGGAUAAAUACAAGAGAUUGAGGGCUACAAGCAACCAUGACACGUCAAGCUCUAAAUGCCAUUCCCUCAUAUCCAGACCAAAAACUCUAAAACCAUUCUCUAUGUGUGAGGAACGUAGACUCAGACGAGGUAUUAAGAAGUUCGGCUACAACUGGAAAAUAAUUCUCAGUUCAUUUACCUUUGCUCAAGGUAGAACUACAGAAGAUUUGAGAAAUAAGUGGCGUAUUCUACAUAAGAAAAUUUGACGAACAUUAAACAGUAUGUUGUAUUAUGUAAAUUUUUGUGACUCAGGUUAUUUCUGAAAAAACUCAGGUACGGAAAUGCUGCAUAUAAUUCAGGAUCAUUAAGAUAUUGUUUUUAGCUCACCUGUCACAAAGUGACAGGGUGAGCUUUUGUGAUCGCUUUUCGUCCGUCCGUCCGGCGUCCAGCCGUCCGUAAACUUUUACUUUAAAUGACAUCUCCUCAUAAACCACUAAGCCAAUUUCAUCCAAACUUCACAGGAAUGUUCCUUUGGUGGUCACCUUUAAAAAUUGUUCAAAGAAUUAAAUUCCAUGCAGAACUCUGGUUGCCAUGGCAACCGAAAGAAAAAACUUUAAAUAUCUUCUUUAAAAAAAACCCUAAGAGCUAGAGCUUAGAUAUUUGGCAUGAAACAUCUUCUAGUGAGUGUCUACCAAGUUUGUUCAUAAAAGCUCUGGGGUCAAAAUUGGCCCCGCCCCAGGGGGUCAUUGAUUUUCCCUAUAUGCAUAUAGUAAAAACUUAAAAAAUCUUCUUUUAAAGAACUCAAAGAGCUAGAGCUAAGAUAUUUAGCAUGAAACAUGUUCUAAUGGGUGUCUACCAAGUUUGUUCAAAUAAAAGCCCUGGGGUCAAAAUUGGCCCUACCCCGGGGUUAUUGAUUUUCCUUAUAUGUGUAUAGCAAAAACUUAAAAAAUCUUCUUUGAAAAAACCCAAAUAGCUACAGUUUAGAUAUUAAGCAUGAAACAUCUUCUAGUGAGUGUUUACAAAGUUUGUUCAAAUAAAAGCCCUAGGGUCAAAAUUGGCCCAGCCCCAGGGGUCAUUGAUUUUCCUUCUAUGUGUAUAGCAAAAACUUAAAACUCUUCUUUGAAAAAACCCAAAUAGCUAGAGUUUAGAUAUUAAGCAUGAAACAUCUUCUAGUAAGUGUCUACAAAGGUUGUUCAAAUAAAAGCCCUAGGAUCAAAACUGGCCCCGCCCUAGGGGUGUCAUUGUUUUUAACUAUAUGUGUAUAGUAAAAACUUAAAAAAUCUUCUUUGAAAAAACCCAAUGAGCUCAGAGCUUAGAUGUUUAGCAUGAUACAUCUUAUAUGUGUGUACCAAGUUUGUUCAAAUAAAAGCCCUUGGACUAAAAUUGGCCCUGCCAGGG